CAGAAGCCUGCCCGAACAAGGAGGGGAGGCAGCUUCGGAGGAAGUCGUGACAUUUACAAUACCAGCUUUACAACACCAGCUUUAAAACACCAGCUUUACAAUACCAGCUUUACAACACCAGCUUUACAAUAUUCUCCCUCCUCUUUUCCCUCCAGGAACUUCUCAGUGAUUGAUCCACUCUCACGUUUAGACAUGUGCACCUGAAGCCAAAGAAGAGGCUAGCUAGUAACAUACUGAGUCACUGUGUCAAAAUGACUACGUGUCUGUGCCUGCUCACUCUCUACUUUUAACUGUCUCUCUCUCCCUCUCUCUCCCUCUCUCUCUCUCUCUCCCUCUCUGCCUCUCUCUCCUCUCUCUCUCUCUCUCUCUCUCUCUCUCUCUCUCUCUCUCGCUUUCUGUUUCUAAAUGUGGUUGUUUCAUGUCAACGGCAGACAUUUAAUUUGGCUUUGGAUUAUUCUGACAUAUUGACAGACCAGGAUUCAGUUUCAGGGGAUGUGAGAUCUUUCAUUAACUGCUCUUCUUUUGACAAGAAGAGUUGACAAGAAGGUAAUUCCACACAGCACCAUGAGUGAGUCAGUAGAAUCCACAUCAUCAUCAUCACACCCUGUGGACGAAGACCAGUCAGCCCCCUGCCCUGCUGCCACAGCCCCUCGCAGACCAGUCCAGCUCCAGGAGAGACGGGGCUCUAGUGUGUCCCUGGUGCUGGAUGUGAGCAGUCUCAGCCUGGGAGCGGUGGAGCCCUUGUGCUCCAUCUCCACUCCCAGAGAGACCAUCCUCCACCUGCUGAGGACCUCAACACGCCCUCUGACCCCCUCUCAGCUGCAGGAGGCGUCUGAAGAGACCAGCAGGCUGAACUCAGAGUACCAGAAAAUUCCUCCAAACUUUGUGAACCCUUCAGAGCUGGAUAUCCCAGGACGUGCUUUAAAAGACAGAUACAAGACCAUACUGCCAAAUCCUGAGACCCGUGUGUGUCUGAGUAACCCCGCAGCAGAGGAGACGGGUGAGACUGAGAGAUACAUCAACGCAAACUACAUAAAGGGUUACAACGGUGCACCCAGUUCCUACAUCGCCACCCAGGGCCCCAUGCUCAACACCGUGCAUGACUUCUGGGAAAUGGUGUGGCAGGAGAGAUCCACCACCAUCGUCAUGAUCACCAAGCUGAAGGAGAAGAACGAGAAGUGUGAGCUUUACUGGCCAGAGAAGGAGGGCAGCUGUGGCAGAUUUGAGCUUCGAGUGGCCAUUGUGAAAGAAUGUGAUGGCUACACAAUUCGAGACAUAAUUAUUCAGGUGGGCUCAGAGAGCAGGCAGGUAAGGCACUACUGGUACACCUCAUGGCCAGACCACCAGACCCCAGACUGCACUGGGCCUCUGCUCAGACUGGUGGCAGAUGUGGAGGAGCACAGGCAGUCCCACCCCAGCCUAGGAACCACCAUCGUCCACUGCAGCGCAGGGAUUGGUAGAACCGGCUGUUUCAUCGCCAGCAGCAUUGGAUGCCUGCAGCUAAAACACGCCAGUAAGGUUGACGUGCUUGGAAUCGUCUGCAAGCUACGCCUCGACAGGGGUGGUAUGAUAGAGACCAGUGAGCAGUACCAGUUCCUGUACCUCACCCUGGCUCAGUACAGUCGGCAGCUGGUGAACACAGACAGUGGCCCUGUCCCUGUCCAGACCAGCAGUACUACAGGGGAAAUGCGGUGACCGAGAAAGCCCAGCUGAAACUCUGUCUUUCUGCAUGGGAGAACACGCUUCUGGAACUCGUGUCUUUCUGCAUGGGAGAACACGCUUCUGGAACUCUGCUCAUAUACUGGCUGUGGCCAUCUCAUCCCCUUGACCGUGACAGUUAUUGUGGCAUUUUUAUGGGCACGUGGUACUGGUUGGAAUUGUAUUGAAAUUCAUUAAUAAUAAUUUUGUCCAUAUUUGCUACCAUGAUAAUAAAUAUGUUAUGCCCUUGACUUUAA